AAACAUUCAGCAUUAACUUUCGACAGCUACACACCUCACAAAAUUAGAAAUAGGCAAACAUUUACACAAAUCCAGAAGUUUCCAAUUUGUCCAAUUAGCCCCAAAAUGAACAUGCUGUGUGAGCGUGUGUCCGCGAUCCUGGCGGGCACCCUUGUGGGCAUGUGGUACGCCAAGACCUUUCCCGCCGAAAAGGAUGCCAAGGAUAGCAAGGACAAGAAGGGAAAGAAGUAAUCGAAACCAUUUCCCUUCCAUCCUGGACUUCUCCAGAACCAUUAACUUAUUGACUCUCCUUAAAUUGCCCACAGACUUGAGCAAACAAAUGGAACCUAGUCGUCGGGACAAAGAUCUCAAACCAGCUUCAAUUCAUUCAGUUCUCGUCCGACUUUCGAAGCGUUCCAUUUUUUGUUAACACCGAAAUUUCUCCAUGUUUAUUUUUUUUGGAUUUGAUUUGAUAAAUUAGAGCAAGUUAA